AUGUCUAGUUUAAUAUCGAAGAUCAAGAGUGGGGCGACGAACAACCAGCCGCCACCACUCGAAAGCAAUCCCAUCAUGCAGUAUUUCGAAGUGGGAAAGGAGAGCAGUUCGGCUGGUCAUGGACUGCUUUGGAAAGUUCACGAUGCAUAUCGAAAGAGCGAUGGCAAGGAAUGCUCGGUGUUUGUGUUCGAUAAACGCAUCGCCGAAAAACUGUACAAGGUGAAACGCAAGGAAACCAUGCUGGAUCGUAUCCGAGGAUGUGUAUCGAUGUUGGAGAAGAUGAGGCAUCCGAAAAUGCUUCAAAUACUCCACUCGAUCGAAGAAGGUCAUAACACCAUGGCCUUUGCUUGUGAGCCGGUUAUUGCUAGUCUCCAUAACAUAUUAGCCUGGCACCAAUCUAUGGUGGAGCAGGGCGGCCAUCCUACGGUGAUGCCUCAUCCCAUAUCGCUGGCGCCACCGAGCUCUCACCAACAACAUUAUGUACCUCCUCAAAGACCACCAUAUGCCAAGGAGUACUACUUUUUGGACAUUGAACUUCGUUAUGGAUUGGUGCAGGUGAUCGAAGCGCUGCACUACUUGCAUUAUACUUCUCAUCAAAUACACCGUAACGUGUGCCCGCAAGUAAUCAUUGUGACCAAACGGGGCACCUGGAAAUUAUUCGGACUCGAAUUUCUGGAAAACGUCAUUGGACCUGAUCCUACGGAGAUGAUGACCGUGUCGCCGUGGUCCAUCAAGGUGGCUAAACUCUCUCAGCCCAACCUGGAUUUCUUGGCUCCUGAAAUCCAAACAAACGGACAAUGCAACAUUCUGUCCGACAUGUUCUCACUUGGACUGGUGAUCUGCGCUAUAUACAACAACGGGAAGCAACUAGUACAAGCAAACAACAAUCCCAUGCUGUACAUGAAACAAAUUGAAUACUUGGACCAUCAACUCAAUGCUGUGCUGCCACGCAUCCCCGCUGGGCUGCAGGAAGCUGUCCAGCGUCUGCUGUCCAGGGACCCACAUCCUCGUCCGACUACUCAACUGUUGCCUCUGAUAAAGUACUUCAAAUGUCAGAGCGAGACUGCUAUACUUGCCAUGCAGUUCCUGGAUGUAAUCACCAUGAAGGACCCUAAUUCUAAGAGCAACUUCUACCUGGGCAAUCUGCUGGAGGCUCUGCCAUAUAUACCGAAGAAAUUGCGCUGGCAACACGUCUGGCCAGCCCUGCAGCUCGAGGUGCGCACCGCUGAAGUGCUUUCUGCGGUUCUACAACCCAUUCUGUGGCUUAUCAACGAAGCCACACAGGAAGAAUUCUCACUCUAUGUUAUGCCGACGCUGAAAAUUUGUUUUAGAAACCUACUGAAUUCUCCUAGAAGCGUCCAGGCAUCGGUGAUCAUUUUAGAGAAUCUGCAUGUAAUCCUGAGGAAGUGUCUGAAGGAGGAACUCACGAAUGAAGUUCUGCCAUUUCUGUACUCUUCACUUGAAAACAGCGCAAACCAAAUACAGACAUCUUCUUUGAUCGCUCUUCAGAACGUUUCUGAUUACAUAGACGACAACUCUCUGCAGAAUGUUGUGUUGGUGAAAAUUAAAGAUGUCCUUGAGAAGAAUCCGAACGAUGUCAAAGUAAUAAGCCUGAUACUUGGAUUCUUUGAGAAGAUUCUUCUUCGUCUUGAGAAAGGUCAUAUUGUGGACAAUGUGAUACCGACGCUCCUCAGCAUGAGACUGACUGACCCGGAUAUCGUCAACAGGGUUGUCAUACUAUACAAAGCGAUGUUGGUAGAAAGAAAGUUUAAUCUCAACACAUGCGUUAUGGCGACAAAGAUGAUACCAUCGCUGGCCCCGCAGACCGUGAAUACUUCACUGAACGUCGAUCAAUUCACGAAUCUCAUGGAGAUCCUUUACGAUAUGCUGGAUAGCAUCGACAAACAUCAAAGAUACAGGUUGAAAUUAGAUGGCUAUACUCUACCUAGCCCCGAAAGACAUCGUCGUCUGCGACAUCAGAUGAGUACCGACAACAUGCAAGCUCCUCCAUUCAAUAUACCGAACCUGCGUGUGGAGCAGCGCAAGACUUCUAGUGCUGAAGAUAUGGCUCGUAAGAAUUCUGUCACUGCGCCAAGUGCUACUGGCAGCGUUGGAGGAUUCAGGAGUACUGGAAUUGGCCAAUGGUUCUUCGGUUCGAGUAACUCUACAAAUAAUGACAGUAACUUCUUACGAGUGGCAAAUGCCUUUCCGAAUCGCCGUCUUUCGGAUAAUACCUUAAUGACACCUAAGAUUCGCAUCGCACCUUCGUGCGCCUCAUCUCCUGGAGGAACACCAGGAGGUAGUACUGGAUUGCCAGCGCGUCGCCACUCCAGCAUUGGCCCCCAGGAACGCCGUGGUUCUGCAGUGAAUUUGUCGCCACCCACUGCCUACCAGUACAGGGGACGAGGCGGGUCAGGCUCGAGCCUGUCCGUGCCUUCAACGUCACAAUGCGUCGGAGGUUCCAUGCCCAACACUUCGUCGAGUGUGCCAUUCCUGCUGACAUCAUCCAUGCAGUCGAUUCGUUCACGCCGCCCAUCUACUUGCCUCAGCAACUCUCAGGGCUCAGGUCUGCUGCAACAGCUAAGCAGCGGCAUGGUAAGACACCUACCUAUCGGCUCUGCUGGAAAUGUGCAGGUACACGCUCCUCACUGGCCGUUCCAAGGUGCAAGCGCUGCCACCUACAAUGCGAUGAAUAACGCUGCAGUCAGGAAGUGCCCCUCACUGAACAUAACUCUUACACGCUGA